AUGCGGGCGGCGGCGGCGCGCUGCCUCGCUGUCGUCUCGAGUCUACAGGUGACGGCUAGAGGCGGGUUGGAGGGAAGGUCCGCCUCUAACUCGCUCGCCCGCCUCGCACACGCGCCUCGCGCCCAAAAUGGGCAGGAUCCGACGCGUUUCCGUCGACAAUUGGCCUAUAACAGUGCAGAGAACGAGCCGGGUGUCCUGUGUGGCUCGGCCGCACCGUUGGCACCUCCCGGGAGCUCAGCGCGCUCGUCCGUGCGCGGUGCCCGCCCCGGAUGUUCCAGUUUCAUCUCCAUUUCUGACCUUCAGCAUCAGCAGCGUAUACCCUGCUGCAGCCACCUGACCUGGAGCACUAAGGAAUUUAAAGAGUGGGCUCAUCAAGGCCAAGGUGCUUUACCCACACAGACCGCUUUGCCAAGGACUUACCUGAUCUUGGUUGGCUAUAUAACAGAUGGAAGGCAAGAGAACAAAGAAAAGUUGGUAGAUGGUUGCCUAUAUGUGAAGGACAAUACUGGGAUAAUUCCAUGUGAGCUCCUGCAUUUUGAACUUGAGUGGCUGGAGUCACUGGUCGUCUUCCCAAGCUGGUCAUAUAUACCACAGACAGACCAGAGUGCAGCAGGGUACUUGGAAAUCCUGGAGGAUCCAGUGCCAGUAAAUACCCCCAACAAAGUACUUCACAGCAUUCCAGUCACCUACCCAACAUCAGCUGAGCCACUGCUUAACUCCAGGAUUCCACGUAGGAGAAGAUCAAAUCUUACUGUAGCAGGUGAAUUGAUCAGACUCGGGCCUCUCCUUUGUGUUCGCCACAAGACUUUCUUCUUUCUGUUUCUAAAGUGCUUCACCUCAGCUGUUUGUGUCCCUGUGCUGGUGCAGGAACCCAGCCAGCUGGCAUGGCAUCAUGUCCUCCAGUUGGGUCACAGGUACACAAUAACAGGCCUGAGUAUGUCCAGCCUGAAGAAAUCUGGACAAAAGACUUUUGUCACAAGUGUUCCUUCCUGCCUUCUACCCUACUCUGCGGAGCACGUGAGGGAGCAGCCACUGAACAGCACUUGGCAAGGAGAAUCCACUCAGUCUUCUUCCCUUGAGACUGCUGAGCAGCUCAGUGGCUCCUUGGAGCUGGGAGUUGAAGAGGAGGGGCCAAGAUCAACCAGAGAGUCCAAGAUCAUCUCCUAUGUGGGAAUUGUCACCAAAAUACUCAAUGUCCAAGCUGGUCUCUUUUUACUGGAUAACCAAGUCUGCUUGUGCCUUGCUUACCUCCCAGUGUUGAAAUCUGCACGUGGACUCCGGCCAGGAGCAUGUGUGGAACUCAUCGAUGUCCACCUCCUGCAGAAGCCUCUUGUAUCCUUCCCUUUCAUUGUACUUGGUGCAUGCCUGAGCAGCACUGUUGUGCUGAAGAGGUUUUCAAGGCUCAGCACCCCCUACCAGCCACCAACCUCUUCAGGAAAUCUCUGCUUACAGCUGCUCUUCCGCUACAAUCUUGGUAUGCCACUCUACCUCUGGCUGGUGAGCCUCCUGGAGACCUUUGAGGAGAGGUUUUCCUGUUUCUUUGGGCGCCGUCAACUGCUUAGUUGUACUCACCAAAACCCAGGAGCUGCUGAAAAGUUCCUUGUCCCCCUUCUGCAAGCUAUGGUGCCAGACAGAGAGAAAGCAAGAGAUAUUUAUAACGAAAUUCUAGCAAAAGUACACCAUUGUCCCCUGCAGAAAUAUUUGACUCUGGACCCCCCAUGCCAGGCCCCAUCUCUGUCUGCAGUUUGCCAUGUGGCCCAACAGAAGAGCUGGGAAGGCUUCAGUCCAUCGCAGUUGCUCUCUCCCUUGGAAGCACAGCAUAUGGGCACCCAGGACCUGAAUCGCAGACUGGUCUGGUCCUACUGCACACUCUCAGCAGGAAGUUUCCAGCCCCGACUAAUACUGCUGGGUGUGCUGAGGGUCUCAUCCAGGAGCGGUUCGCUCCAGCUGCAGGACAAGAGCGGCACACUUCACUGUGUGAUAUCCCAGAAGGAUGGUAGCCCCUUUGCCAAUACAGCUCUCAUAGGAUCACUCUUGCAGGUGGAAAACUACCAACUUGUAGUGGAGAGAUUCCUUCAGACUGAUUUUCCCUCCUGGGAACACCUGGAAAAUCUUGAACAUGUGAGGGAGAAAAAAACCAGUGUCUAUGUGCAGUUCUACUUUGAGGAUGUUCAGGUUCUCCAUGCUGCUGAAGGACAACUUCAGAAAGGCCAUAGGAGUGAAAACAGCUCCUCUUUGAGGAAGAAGAAAGAUGACAAUGUAACACCUGAGCUGGAAGCUCCGGAGGCGAAAGUGCUGAAAUUGGAGGAUCCCAAGUCAGAUACUCACAGAGAUGAGAACUGUCAGGGGGGGCAGAGUAGCACUGGAACAACCAGCUGUGUAUCUCACCUGUUCUUGGUUACCCAGAAAGAGGGGCUUAUGUUACGCAAUUACCAACUACCCAGAGAAGAUGGAGGACAGGAGCUGCAGCACAGUUUCCAGGCCACAGUGCUGUGGCUGGGCAGACCUCGGCUGUGGAGCCACCCUAGAGAAAUUGGGAAUCUACCAGAGCUGGAGGACACCAGUUGUGAUGGAGAAGAGGGCGUGACACAGCAAGAAGCACUACUCCUCUUUAUGGGAAAGUCUCUUCGAUGGUUUCCAUUUCUGCACCAGGAUGGACUGUAUCGCUUCAUUGUGCCCUGCUGCUCGGACUUGGAAGUGUUUGACAAGCUCUGUUUUCCACCUGUGCCAGCAACCUUCCUGACCAGGCCAUCUUGCCCCCUGUGCCUGCCUGUCCAAGAUACCUGGCACUUACAGCAUGAGACCUGGAUCUCCCAUCUGCCUGAACGCCAGCUGGGAGCCAGGAUGGUGCUGACAGGCAUGGACCAGAGAAUUUCCUCCAUUCCAGAAGUGCUUAGCAGCAGUUUUACAGGUUCCCUUGUUUCUUUCUCUGGUGAGAUAGUGGAGAGGACCUUGUGUGCCUCUCCCAAGAAUGAGAAGCCAUCUGUGACUGUUCGCCUUCCAAGGCAGAAAGGGAACCUGCUAGCCAGUGAUCACAGUGUGAAGCUCAGCGUCUCAGUUGCUCCAGGCUCCCCUGUUGUGAUGGACAUUUACAUUAAUGCCACCUAUCUGCAGCAUCUCUGGGGUUUGCUACCUGGAGCCAAGAUCCUCUUCCAGAACCUGGAACGCAAAAUCUCAAGAUUUCAUAAUGUUUAUUGCACAUACAUUGCCUGCAGCUGUGUGAGCAUCAUAUCUCUGCCAGCUUCUCACCUACUCUUUCCUUCCAGUCCUGCAGGAGAAGCCUCAUCCCCCUCACUAGUGUUUCUGUCCAACUUACGACUUCACCUGCAAAACCUACCCCGGGCACGGAUUUUAUGCCACUUGUCCUGUGUACUGACUGUGUACCUGCAGUGGGUUUGCUCACUUUGCAGCAGCAUUUUCAAGGAGGGGAGGUGCACCCGACACAAUCCACCAUGUCCAUCACACACAGGAGUGAGACAAGCCAGUGCACGGGUGCUGGUGGAGGACGGAACAGGUGAAGCUGUGGUGCUGUGCAGGAAUGAACAUGUGGCAGCAAUGCUGGGCCUGAGCCCUCCUGAGUGGGAAGCUCUGCAGAACUGUGUGCAGAGCAGGGGCAGCGUGUCCAUUCAGCAUGGGGAAGCUACUGGCACGGGGUGUCUAGAGGAACCUGAGGAUAUUGUUGCUUGCUACCUAAGGAGUCUGUGCAGGAGUCCUCUCAUCUGUCGUCCUAUCCUGCUGGAUUUCAGCCUAGACAGGAAGCCCUCCAAGAUCUUGCGGCCUGCUCCAGCACAGCUGAGAAAUUUUCGGUGUGGUGAAGUGGAGUUUGUGUCACAAGUGGGACCUCGUCUGAGCCUGCUGUGCCUGAAUGUGGAGGAAGUGGAACAAGAUGCCUUACGCUAUCUGAACAGGGAGAGGAUUAGGAGGACAUCCAGUUACUGCUGAGUGAGAGACACUGUUUAACAUCUCUUCCACUGGGAGAAGAAUUAUGGAAAUACCUGCUGGAAUUGGGAGCUUUUUUUAUCUCCUUUCCAGUGGGAGCAAAGGCCCAUAAGCACAGGGUGAAGGGUGCAAUCAAGAAACUGCUGUGACUUGUGGAAUUCCUGAAUGGUCCUUCUAGACCAUUGUCCCCCAGUGCUACUGGGCUACAUUUUGGAAGAAAAAUAUUCAAUGCUUCCUAGGUGAUAGCCAUUGCCUCAGGCCUAGGGCACACAAUGUGUGUAUUUUAUGUGGUAGUAUCUACUAAAUAAAGCUAUUAAAAUAGUAUUUUAAAAACA